CAUACGGUACAUACGAUUAAGUACUUUAAAUGGAAAUAAUAUUGAUUAAAUUAUUGUUUCAAACUGCUUCUAGCUUAUUCCUGCAUUCUCAUAGGUUUCGCCAUAAGUUUUUGUGUUAUUUUCCCCGACUCCAAUACCUUUGCCAAUCCAUUUAUUGGUUUCAUAACUGUCAUUACUAUGAUGAUCGGAGAACUAAACUUAGAAAUUUUGGUCGAUGACGAUCCUGAAGACCCACCUUUGGUGCUAGAAAUCAGCGCCCAAGUUACUUUUGUUCUGUUUUUAUUAUUCGUUACCAUAAUUCUUAUGAACCUGCUAGUAGGUAUUGCGGUAAACGAUAUAGAAGGCUUGCAGAAAACAGCUGGUUUAUCCAAACUAGUUCGUCAAACCAAACUGGUCUCUUACAUCGAACUAGCUCUGUUUGACGGUUAUCUGACAAGGUAUCUGAUGAAUAUCCUUCACUGGAGUUUGGUUUCGAACAAAUCUAGCAAGGUGGCGAUAAACGUCAAACCUUUGAAUCCCAGUGAAAAUAGAUUACCUAAAGAUAUUUUGGAGGCAGCGUAUUAAAUAGCUAUGAAAAGAAAAGCGGGAAGCCAAGCUGAUGACCAGGAAACAGACGAAGGAAAGGAUGAACAGCAAAAUUCCACAGAGUUACUUGGCAUGUCCCGGAAAAUAGAUGAAAAUACUAAGAAGAUUGAAAUGUUGAUGGGCGAUAUGCAAGUGGUAAGAGAAAUUUUAGAAAGACUUAACAACAGAGAAGUUUUAAUGGAAGAGUUACUCGCAACUAGUAUUGCGAAUAUAAAUUAUGGCGAAUUUAAAUGAACUAGUUAUUAUUUUAUAUAUUUCUAUUCUUGUAAAAAUUGUAAAUUUGAAUAUAAUUGAAUACUAUAUGUAA